CCUGUCCAUCUGGAACUUACAAGCCUGAAGGAUCACCAGGUGGAAUAAGCACCUGCAUCUCAUGUCCUGAUGAGAGUCACACUUCUCCACCAGGAAGUACUUCUAUGGAGGACUGUAUAUGCAAGGAAGGUUAUCGUCCUAGAGGUAAAUCGUGUGAAGUGGUCCAUUGCCCUGAGCUGCACCCUCCAGAAAAUGGCUAUUUUAUCCAGAAUGUCUGCAAUAAUUACUUCAAUGCUGCUUGUGGAAUCCGAUGUAAAACAGGAUUUGAUCUCGUUGGAAGUAGCAUACGACUUUGCCAGCCAAAUGGUGCAUGGUCUGGUUCAGAGACAACUUGCAGGGUUCGCACAUGCCCCAAACUCUCAACCCCUCAAAAUGGCCAUAUUAAUUGCUCAUUAAGUGAGAUCUCUUAUAAGACGGUGUGCUUAUUCACUUGCAACGAAGGCUACGAACUGGAAGGCCACACCAAACUUACCUGUCAAGGCAACUCUCAGUGGGAUGGGAAGGAACCAAAAUGUGUUGAGUUGCGUUGUCCUGCCUUCCAAAAACCAAAAGGUGUUAUUGUUCACCCUUAUAUUUGUGGGCUUGAACAAUCAAAAUAUGGAACUAUGUGCAGGCUCAGUUGUCCAAAUGGAUUCCUUUUGUCUGGUGUAACAGAAGAACUGAGGUGUUUACGCACUGGAAAAUGGAAUGAAAAUGUGCAGUUAGCUUUUUGUAAAGACAUUGAACCUCCAUAUAUUAGCUGUCCAAAUGAUAUUGAAACAUCAACUCUGGAAAACCAGAAUUCAGCAAAUAUUAGCUGGCAGAUUCCAGAUGCAGUUGAUAAUUCUAAAGACGAGGUGAGCAAACAUUAGAAUGUGCUAGUUCAGGUUACUCCAGCCUUUAUACCACCCUACCUUUUCCCAAUUGGAGAAGUUGACAUUACAUAUACAGCAACUGACAGAGCUGGCAAUGAGGCAAGAUGCUCUUUCAAGAUCAAAGUGAUUGACAUUGAACCCCCAGUAAUUGAUCAAUGCAGAUCUCCACCACCAGUUCAAAUCACUGAGAAGAAGCACAGAGUAAUAUGGGAUGAGCCCCAGUUUUCAGAUAAUUCGGGAUCUGCCUUAAUAAUAACUAAAACUCACUCACCUGGAGAUCUCUUUCCCAAAGGAGAAACAUUGGUUCAAUAUACAGCCACUGACUUGGCUGGAAAUAAUAGGACCUGUGAGAUUAACAUUGUCAUAAGAGGUUCUCCUUGUGAAAUUCCCUUUACUCCGCUGAAUGGUGGUUUUAAAUGCACUGAAAAUGAGUCAGGAGUUAAUUGCACAUUAUUUUGCAUGGAGGGCUAUGAUUUCACAACAGGUUCCAAUGAAAAUUAUUACUGUGCCUAUGCAGAUGGUAUCUGGAAUCCUCCCUACUCUAAUCAGUGGCCUGACUGUUCUUUGAAUCGUUUGGCAAAUCAUGGUUUUAAAUCCUUUGAAAUGUUGUAUAAAGCAACACGAUGUGAUGACAAGGAUCUUCUUAAAAAUUUUGUGGAAGUUUUUCAAAGUGCACUUGGUAAAAUGGUUCCAUCAUUUUGCAGUGAUGUUGAUGACAUUGAGUGCAGACUUGAGGAUGUGCCACAGAAACAUUGCUUAGAAUAUAAUUACGACUAUGAAAAUGGCUUUGCAAUUGGUCCUGGUGGCUGGGGUGCCAUAAAUCGGCUGGAUUACUCUUACGAUGAUUUUGUUGAAGUAGAUUCUGAAGAGCAGCAACCUAAAUUAGUGUCUGAUUCUAUGGAUGUGGCAAACUCCCGGGUCAAAAGACACAAAAAAAUGAAUAUGCCCAUGUCAGACCACAAAAUAAAGCUAAUUUUUAAUAUCACUGCUACUGUACCCCUGCCUGACAAACGCAAUGAUUCUCUGGAAGUCGAAAACCAGCAGCGCCUUCUAAAAACACUAGAGAAGAUCACAAAUCGAUUGAAAAGAACUCUCAACAAGCAUCCCAUGUAUUCUUUUCAGUUGUCUUCCGAAUUGCUUAUAGCUGACACCAAUUCUCUAGAAGCUGAAAAGGCUUUUCUCUUCUGCAAACCGGGCUCUGUUCUGCGGGGGCGAAUGUGUGUUAACUGUCCUUUGGGUACUUACUAUUCUCUGGAACAUCAUGCAUGUGAAAGUUGCUGGAUUGGAUCAUAUCAAGAUGAGGAAGGUCAGCUAGAAUGUAAAAAUUGUCCAUCUAACACCUAUACUGAAUAUCUCCAUUCCAGAAGUGUGUCAGAAUGCAAAGCUCAGUGCAAGCCUGGAACCUCCUCUCCAAACGGCCUUGAGAUCUGUGAAUCGUGUCCCCUUGGCAAAUAUCAGCCUACCACUGGAUCUAAGCACUGCAUUUCUUGUCCAGAAAAUAUGUCAACAGUCAAAAGAGGAGCUGUGGAUAUGUCAGCAUGUGGAGUUCCUUGCCCAGCUGGAGAAUUCUCACGUUCUGGUUUAAUGCCGUGCCAUCCUUGUCCCAGAGACUAUUACCAACCUGAACCAGGAAAAUCCUACUGCCUAUCUUGCCCAUUUUAUGGAACAACAACAAUCAUUGGAGCCAGAUCUAUAGCAGACUGCUCAAGUUUUGGCUCUACUUUUUCUGCCGCGGAGGAGAGUGUAAUGCUUCCAGUUGCUCCAGAAAACAUCAGCAAGGACCCCAAAGUCAGCAGCCAGACAUUCCAUGAAUGUUUUCUGCAGCCAUGCCAUAACAGUGGAACUUGCAAGCAGGUUGGAAGUGGUUACAUUUGCAUAUGCCCACCAGGAUAUGCAGGAUUAAAAUGUGAAAAAGAGAUUGAUGAAUGCAGGUCAUCUCCCUGUCUCAACAAAGGGAUUUGCAAGGAUGGCACUGCAGCAUUCAUUUGCCAGUGUCAACCAGGCUACUCAGGCUUACUGUGUGAAGAAGAUGUAAAUGAAUGCCAUUCAAAUCCUUGUCUGAAUAAAGCGGUCUGUGUUGAUGAUAUUAACUCUUACCGUUGCUUGUGUCCAGAAGGCUUCACAGGCACUCACUGUGAGGCAGAGGUAAAUGAAUGUCUUUCAAAUCCCUGCUUCAACAAAGCUACCUGUGAAGAUCAGGUUGCAGGUUUCCAUUGCAAGUGCUUGCCUGGAUUUAUUGGUGCUCUGUGUGAAAAAAACAUUAACGAAUGUCUCAGUAGGCCUUGUAAAAAUGGAGCCACAUGCAAAGAUGGAAUCAAUGGUUAUAGGUGUCACUGUGUGACAGGUUAUACAGGGCCCCAAUGUGAAGUGAACACCAAUGAAUGUGAAUCCAAUCCCUGUGAAAAUCAAGGAACAUGUAUGGAUGCCUUGAACUCGUACGUUUGUAAAUGUCCUCCUGGCUUUACAGGCAGCAGGUGUGAAACAGAGCAGUCUUCUGGAUUUAAUCUGGAUUUCGAAGUCUCUGGAAUCUAUGGCUACGUUUUGCUUGAUGGUGUUCUCCCCUCACUCAGUGAGAUCACAUGUGCAUUUUGGAUGAAAUCCUCCGAUACUACAAAUUAUGGGACUCCAAUUUCUUAUGCAGUGGAAAAUGGAAGUGACAAUGCAUUCUUGAUUACAGAUUACAAUGGAUGGGUUCUGUAUGUUAAUGGGAAGGAAAGCAUUACAGAUUGCCCGUCUGUGAACGAUGGCAAUUGGCAUCAUAUCGCUGUAACUUGGGCAAGUGCAGACGGAGCCUGGGGAGUGUACAUUGAUGGAAAAUUGUCUGAUGGAGGCAGUGGCUUAUCUGUGGGAACAGAAAUCCCUGGUGGAGGUGCAUUAGUACUUGGACAGGAACAAGAUCAAAGAGGAGAAGGCUUUAAUCCAGCUGAGUCCUUUGUUGGUUCAAUUAGCCAGCUGAACAUUUGGGGUUAUGCUCUGCCACCUGAACAGGUGAAAUCCUUGGCUUCAUCUUGCCCAGAGGAUCUCCAGAAAGGCAACGUAUUAGCUUGGCCAGAUUUUCUUUCUGGGGUUGUCGGAAGAGUGAAGAUAGAUCCCAGGAGCAAAUUCUGUGCUGAUUGUCAACCUUUAGAAGGAUCCAUUCCCCACCUGAAAACUUCAUCAGCUACUUUAAAGCCAGGAUCAAAAAUCUCUCUCUACUGUGACUCAGGUUUCCACAUAGUGGGAAAUUCUGUCUUACAUUGUCUAAAUUUAGGACAAUGGGCACAACCUCUUCCACAUUGUGAAAGAAUUAGUUGUGGAGAACCUCCACCUUUAGAAAAUGGGUUUUACUCUGCUGAGGAUUUCUUUGCUGGAAGCUCUGUAACGUACCAGUGCAACAGUGGUUAUUACUUGUUGGGAGACUCAAGGAUGCUGUGUACGGACAAUGGAAGCUGGAAUAUUAUUUCUCCAUCUUGUCUUGAUGUUGAUGAAUGUGCAGUUGGUUCAGACUGUGACUCCCAUGCUUCUUGCCUUAACACAAAUGGAUCCUACCUAUGUACCUGCAUUCACCCAUAUACUGGAGAUGGAAAGAAAUGUGCAGAACCAGUAAAAUGCAAACACCCAGGAGAUCCUGAACAUGGACGGUCGCAUGGAGACAGCUACACUGUUGGUAGCGAAAUCAGGUUUUCAUGUGAAAAGGGCUACCAGCUAAAAGGAGUGAGUCAAGUUACAUGUUUGGAAUCUGGGGAAUGGAGCCAUCUGAUACCGUUCUGUGAAGCUAUUUCCUGUGGUAUUCCACCCCUCCCUAAAAAUGGUGCGAUUGAUGGCUCCAGAUUUACAUUUGGUAGUAAAGUAAUGUUCAGAUGUGAUGAAGGAUACGUUUUAGUGGGUGAAGCAGAAGCAACAUGCCUAGCAAACGGCAGAUGGAACCAUUCUUCCCCGUUUUGUGAAUUAGUACAAUGUCCCCUCCCAAAAGAAAUAAAGAAUGGAAAAUAUAUCAUGAAUGGUGUGAUGUACCUUUCUAAUGUAUCUUACACAUGUGAUGUGGGAUACAGUCUACAAGGACCAUCUGUGCUUGUAUGUGAAGCUUUAGGUAACUGGAGCAGUUCACCUCCUGAUUGUGAAAUCAUUUCUUGUGGCCUUCCUCCAGUAAUCAAAGAUGCUGUUAUUACUGGAAACAACUUUACCUUUGGGAAUACUGUCACUUAUACGUGUAAGGAAGGCUACACAUUACUUGGCCCUGACACUGUGUCAUGUUUGUCCGACGGCAAGUGGAACCUCAGUCAACAACAGUGUGUGGCAGUGUCAUGCGAUGAACCGCCUCCCGUGGAACAUGCUUCUCCAGAGAGUGGUCAUCGAUUAUUUGGCGAUAUAGCCAUCUACUAUUGCUCAGAUGGGUACAGUCUGGCUGGCAAUUCCCAAUUACUUUGCAAUGCCCAGGGCAAAUGGAUGCCCCCUGAAAACCAAGAUAUUCCUGAAUGCAUAGCUGACUUCUGCGAGAGACCAGAGUCUGUAUCAUACAGCAUCUUGGAAUCGUCAAAUAAGGCCAGAUUUGCAGCUGGGUCAGUUGUGAGCUUCAAGUGUACGGAAGGUUUCGUUUUAAACACAUCUGCUAAAAUAGAAUGUGUCCGAGGUGGUCAGUGGAACCCGUCUCCCUUGGCCAUUCAGUGCAUCCCCGUUCGUUGCGGAGAACCAGCGAGCAUUGCAAAUGGGUAUUCCAUUGGCACCAAUUACAGUUUUGGAGCCAUUGUGGCUUAUAGUUGUAUUAGAGGCUACUAUAUUAAAGGAGAGAAGAAGAGAAUAUGUGAAGCAACAGGAACGUGGAGUGGUACUAUGCCAACAUGUCAUCCAGUGUCCUGUGGUGAGCCACUAAAACUUGCAAAUGGAAUGAUUAAGAAUAUGACGGGACGAUUCUUUGGAAGUGAAGUGACAUACCAAUGUAAUGAAGGUUACCAGUUGACUGGAAGUUCAAGAUUACUUUGCCAGUCAAACCGUCAGUGGUACAGUGAAGUACAACCUUCUUGUGUGAUCCUCAAUUGUGGAGAACCACCUACCUUCCAGCAUGGAUUCAGCAAGGGGAAAAAAUUUGAAGUGGGAGCCAAAGUCAGUUUUUUUUGUGAUGAAGGCUAUGAAUUGAUUGGAGAUAUUUCUUGGACCUGUCAGAAAUCUGGAAUGUGGAACAAAAAACAAAGCCCCCAAUGUGUCCCAACCAAGUGUCCAGAGCCACCAUUAACUGAGAAUCAACUUGUCUUGAAAGAGAUGGCUGACCAAGUAGGGAUAGUGCAGUUGUCAUGCAGAGAAGGCCUUAUUUUAUAUGGGGCUUCCAUCCUGAGAUGUUUGUCAUCCCAACGGUGGAAUGACACUUUUCCUGUCUGCAAAAUGGUACUCUGUCGUAGGCCUCCUUAUAUUCCUUUUGGGGACCCCGUGGUGUCUUCUCUGCAUUUUGGUAGCACGGUGAGCUAUACAUGUAUGGAUGGAUUUUUGCUCAAGGGAACGUCUACCAUUAUUUGCCAAGCAGAUGGUACAUGGAGUUCUCCGCUUCCAGAAUGCAUUCCUGUGGAGUGCCCGCAGCCAGAAGAAAUUCAGAAUGGUAUUGUAGAUGUACAAGGCCUUACCUAUCUCAGCACAGCACUAUAUAGCUGUAAACCAGGUUUUGAAUUAAUGGGAAACACAACAAUUCUUUGUGGAGAAGAUGGACGUUGGCUUGGAGGAGAGCCUUCUUGCAAACCCAUUGAAUGUUCCAAACCCAGAGAGAUUAAGAAUGGUCGGUAUUCAUAUGUUGAUCUACACUACAGACAGACAAUUACCUAUUCAUGUGACAGAGGAUUCCGGCUUGAGGGGCAGAGAGUUCUAACGUGCUUGGAAACAAGGGAGUGGAAUACAAGGGCUCCAUCUUGUAGAGCAAUUAAUUGUGAUCCUCCUCAACCUAUUGAGAAUGGGUUUGUAGAAGGUGCAGAUUACAGCUAUGGUGCCAUGGUUAUAUACAGCUGUAUUCCAGGAUUCCAGCUUUCUGGUCUUGCGAUGCAAGUCUGUGAGGAAUCAGGAUGGUCAAGUGUUAGUCCAGUUUGUCUACCAACUGAUUGUGGCCUUCCUCCCCAUAUUGACUUUGGGGGAUAUGUAACAAUCAGCAGUGAAGAAAAGCAUUUUGGCCAAGAAGAUGUAUUCGAAGAGAGCUUGCUUAUGGCUAGCCAGUCUUACUUAUCUCCAAAAGAAACACACCAUUCCUCCAAAGCCAUUAAUAGUUUGCCACUAUCCAGCUAUUUAUAUGGGACUGCAGUGUUGUAUAGUUGCUACUCAGGGUAUGAACUCUUAGGAAAUUCCGUGCUAGCGUGCCAAGAAGAUGGAAUGUGGAAUGGUAGUGCUCCUGCCUGCGUUUCCAUUCAAUGUGAAUUACCACUGUUCCCAGAGAAUGGCUUUGUACAUUUUACAGAGAACACUGUUGGUAGUACAGUGGAAUAUUCUUGUAAGCCAGGGUAUAAGCUGAUUGGAUCCAAUACAAGACACUGUAUGUCUAGGAGACAGUGGAGUGAUUCAGCACCAACCUGCAAGAUAAUAUCAUGUGCAGUGCCUAGCAGACCCAUGAAUGGCAUAGUAAAAGGAGAAUCUUACACCUACGGUAGUGUGGUCCAAUAUGAUUGUGAUCAUGGGUUUCAGCUAAAUGGCUUACAUAAGAGAACCUGCCAGUCUGAUCAAAAAUGGGAUGGAAAUGAGCCACUAUGCAUUCCCACUUCCUGUGGCCAAGCUCCCUAUUUAGAGAACGGUGAAGUGAGUGGAGAAGAAUACACAUACCAAAACUAUAUUGAAUACAGCUGCAAAGAAGGUUUUCUGUUGGAAGGGGACCGGAAGAGAGUUUGUCUUGCAGAUGGAAACUGGAGCGGGAACACUCCAGCGUGUAGGCCAGUCCAGUGUUCUGAACCAGUGAAACUUGUUCAUGGCCAGAUAAUUGGAUCAGAAUUCGGCGUUGGAAAGAGAAUUAAGUAUUUCUGUGCUGAAGGAUAUAUAUUGCGUGGCACACCCUUCCGUACCUGCCAGGCUAAUGGAACAUGGGAUAAAGAACCUCCAUUCUGUGAACCCGUUGACUGUGGGCCUCCUGAGGACAUCUCUCACGGUUUCCUGAAUGGUUCUGUCUUCAGUUUUGGGGAAUAUGUAGAGUAUGUUUGCUUCCCUGGUUAUGAGUUGCAAGGUAACCCAGUGAGGCAAUGUCAGUCAAAUGGUUUAUGGAGUGGAAGACCCUCUUCUUGUCUGCUUUGUGAGUGCCCUAUACCCACCAUUCAGAAUGGGAUAAUUAUAGGUAACCAUUUUGGCUGUGGCAAGAAGAUAGAAUUUCAAUGUCUAGAAGGUUUCAAACUGCUAGGACCUUCAGAAAUCACGUGUGAAGCUCUUGGCAGAUGGAGUUCUGGCUUUCCACAUUGUGGGCUCAUUUCCUGUGGCCCUCCACCUGUGAUUCCCAAUGCAUUUAUCAAUGGAGGCAGUUCAGUGGAUCAAAACACCAUAAUUUAUAAUUGUGAAAUGGGUUAUGUGAUGCAAGGAAGCUCGGAAUUGACUUGUACAGAAGCAGGAGUCUGGAGUAGGCCGUACCCAAAUUGCACUUUACUGACUUGUGGACCACCACCUACUGUCCUUCAUGCAGUUGCUUUUGGAGAAUCAAAAGACUAUGGAAGUAAAGUUCAAUACAGAUGUCUGGAGGGCUAUGUGAUAGAGACAGAAGUGGAUAUAUGCACCUGUCAGGAAGAUGGGCACUGGUUCCCUAACACUAUUUCCUGUUGUCCCAGAAAAUGUCCCAUGCCACCCAAUGUAACCAAUAUUAUUAUUUCUGGCACUGAAUUUACUGUGAAUAAAAGCAUUACCUUAUCAUGUCCAGAAGGUUAUUUUUUGAUGGGUACCAGCACCUCCACUUGCCAGCAUAAUGGGACCUGGGUACCAUUCUUUUCAAAUGAGAUCUGCGCUCCGGUCUCCUGUGGAAAACCUGAAGCUCCAGAAUAUGGGAUUGUGAUUGGCAACCAAUACAAUUACAAAGAUACUGUUCUUUAUAAAUGCAACUUGGGUUAUGAAUUAGAGGGUGAUGCAGAACAUACCUGUCAAGGAGAUAAAUUAUGGAGUGGAGUAACACCAGUAUGUAAAAAAAUAUCCUGUGGUUCCCCCGAACCAAUAGAUAAUGGAUCUGUUGUUGGCAAAGACUUUUUACUUGGAGAUGAAGUUCUCUACAGUUGUAAUCAGGGAUAUGAGUUACAGGGGCCAACUCGAAGGAUCUGUCAUGUUAACAAGAAGUGGACGCCAUUCGCUCCGACAUGUGUGAGCAUAAGAUGUGAAGCCCCUCCAACAGUAGCAAAUGCAUUUUCCAUAGCCACAGAAAAUAUGUACAGAAGUAAUAUAUCUUUUGUAUGCAAUUUCGGGUAUCACCUACGUGGACCUGAGGACAUCACCUGCUUGGCCAAUGGAUCCUGGAGUCAACCCCUUCCAACAUGUGAAGAAACCAGAUGUGAAGAUCCAGAAUUGAUUGCGAAUGGAAAUGUUGUCUCUGAAAAUAAUACAAUUGGUAGCAGAACCGCAUAUUACUGCAAUAGGGGUUAUAGUUUGGAAGGCGAACCUAUUGCAGAAUGCACAGAAGCCGGAGCAUGGAGCCACCCAACACCCUUAUGCAAACCAAAUCCGUGCCCUGUACCUAUUAUAAUCCCAGAAAAUGCCAUCCUCUCAGAAACGACAUUUUAUGUUGGGCAAAAGGUAUAUAUCAAAUGCAGAGAAGGCUACCGACUUCAGGGACAAUCUGUGAUUAGCUGUAAUCCUGAUGAGGUCUGGACUUCAACUAGAUCUAAGUGUGAGAGGAUCUCCUGUGGGCCACCUGCUCAUGUAGAACAUGCUUUGAUACGUGGAACAUUUUAUCAAUAUGGAGAUAUGGUGACCUAUUCAUGCUACAGUGGAUACAUGCUAGAGGGCUCCCUUCGAAGUGUCUGUUUAGAGAACGGAACCUGGACGGGACCACCAGCUUGCAAAGCUGUUUGCCGGUUCCCAUGUCAGAAUGGUGGCGUUUGUGAGAGGCCAAAUGUUUGUUCCUGUCUUGAGGGUUGGAUGGGACGCCUCUGUGAAGAGCCCAUCUGCAUCCUGCAUUGUCUAAAUGGAGGUCAAUGCGUGGCCCCUUAUCAGUGUGAUUGCCCAACUGGAUGGACUGGCUCACGCUGCCAUCAGGCUGUUUGUCACUCUCCAUGCUUAAAUGGUGGGAAAUGUAUACGACCAAACCGAUGCCAUUGUACUUCACCAUGGACUGAACACGACUGCUCUAGGAAACGGAAAUCUGGAUUCCACCACUUUUAA